AGGACACUGUAAUACUACAUCGCUGUUUAAUGGUGAAAAGUCCUCAUCACAACGGGAUAAUACAGCAGAUUGUUCGUUACCGUUGCUACCAUUUGCACCUCAUCAUGGCGUCCAGGUUCCCGGCAGAGAGAGAUGGAAAGGUCAAGCUAAGUACUAGGAAAGGUCAUGACAUGACAUGGUCAUGUGACAUACACGGUGAGCCAAUCAAAUUUUAUUGUAAACAACACGAGAUCCCUCUUUGUCAUCCAUGUGCGACCAAAGAUCACCAGAAACCAUGUCACCUCGUCAAUAUCGGAGAUGUCAUCUUAGAACUGGUCAGGAAGCUCGAUGAAAAACGGCUUGAAAUAGAAGAAAUGAAACAGCACUUACAGAAUCUUGAAUCUAAAAUACAAACUUGUUCAGCUUUUGCAAGUAACCACUUUAAGGCUAUCGAUGGUACGGUAAACGCUUCGUUCGAGAGUAAAAUGGAGAGCGCGAAAGACAAGAAAGGGGAUGAAAUUCGUUCGAUAAACGUUGAGGCGGAUGAGGAGAUACGUCUGAUCAAUGAGAGGAGGCAAAAACGGAUCAAAUCAUGUAACGAAGAAGCCGGACAGCAACAUCUUACCAUCAAAAAGUGCCGAGCAAAGGUCGAAUCAGAGACAAAGGCAAUCAGCGAGGUGGUUUCUAAAAAGAUAAAAGAUCUUAAAAGUACAGAUCAGCAUGCAAUCAGCAUUAUGGAUAAUAUUGACGCCAGGAUCAAACGGAUCAAACAAAAUGACGAAACAUUAGUGAAUGAAGGUCCUAAAGUACUUGCAUCCCUAGAUGACAAAAUAAACUCAAUUGUUCAUCAAGAUGUUAUCGACUGUCUUGACCGGAUUGAGCGGGAAGUCCAGCGAACGAAAUUUGUCGAGGGGGAAAUAGGUGGGGAGCACUACGGUAGAAUUGAUGGCUUUAUCGGUAAAUGGGAGCUUGUUAAGUCAAUCCACAUUUCAUCGAUUGUUAAUGUACCAGCGGUGUGUGGUUUGAUCAGGGAUGAUGAGAUAUGUGUGGUGGAAGUAGGCAGCACUCCCACACCCGGUGCCGCAUACGUUACAAAUAUCAGCACUGAACACACAUAUAAAGUCAAUUUAGGCAAUAGUAAGGCGAGCAUUUCAUCAUGCGCCCCCAUAGGCAGCAACCUAAUAGUAUGUGGUAAGUGGAGACUUGGCUACACGGGUGACAGCUUGGAUGGACGUAUCACUCUCUAUAACAGACAAUGGAAGGUGAUUAGUGACAUCACCAUAUCGAGGAAUAACCUCUUUACUCAUGUAUUCGUUGAUGUUGACAGGGUUGGGAUGAUCCUCGCUGCUCAGAUCAAGCAGUCUAAUGUCUACGUCAUCAAUCCUUCUGAUGGUAAGAUAGUUAGCACUAUUACGAUGCAGGGCAAGGAGGUGUGGGGUACAAUACAAGCCUUGUCGUCAGGUGAUAUCGUUGUGAAGACAGGUUAUGAUAAAUUCAGUGUCAUCUCACGAUCAGGAGAAGAGAAGGCAGUCAUACAAUCUGAUGAGUGGCGCGCAUCAUCGGUUGGCGCGACACUGUGUCACGUUGACAAACUGACAGACACACUCUACAUCACAUACUGGGAUAGAGAGCAUAGUAUCUACGCAGUUGAUCAGGUGUCAUGUGAUGGCACCAUCCAUGCAAGGAGGAUUGUGUCGUACAAGGAAUCACGCCCAUGCUCCCUCAACAGCCCUUGCCUCGUAACUUCUUCUGGCAACCUUGUAGGCUUUGACGGAGACAAGCUUCUUGUGUACAAGAAGGGAUUUGUUGUAUAA